CCAUGAGGGAACCAUCCAUCAUUCAUCUUCAUCAAGCAGUCCUUCUUUCCCUUCAUCGUCUCCACUCAUUCAUCAUCAUCAGAAGCAUUCAACUCUACCAGUCAUCCUUUCCAACAACCAUUUUUUUUCCUUCCUCUUUUAAGUUUUCUUUCGAAAAGUGCCCAUUAAGACUUCAGUCAAGAGAAAUAUAUGUAUAUAGAAAAGGGACAAAGCAGAACAAAAGAAACGGGGAACACAGGAGGACUUGAGACCACCGGAGUUGCUGCCGUGGAAGCCGCUGGAAUGCCACCACCACCACCACAAUAUACCUGAGAAGCACGGGAGGUGUUUUGAGGGAAAAAUCAUGAUCUUCCUCCAUCACAAAUGAGUGGUAAUAUACAUUUGCAUCCAAAGAAGGAAAGAACGGAAGAUGGGGAGCUGGAAACGAACUUGUUGGUAUGGAGAGGUUUUUCCUUUCACAGCCAUGGUUACAAUGGAGUGCAUCAAUGUUGGUAUGAACACCAUCUUCAAAGCGGCCACAGUGAAGGGUCUGAACUAUCACGUUUUCAUGCUUUAUUCCUAUGGGAUAGCAGCUCUUCUUCUCCUCCCUCUUUGCUACUUCUUCCACAGGAAUUCUCGGCUUCCUCCAUUUACCUUUGGCCUCCUUGCUAGAUUUUUCUCCCUCGGGCUUCUUGGCUUUGUAGCUCAAUAUCUUGGAAAUACAGGAAUCGAGUAUAGUACACCAACAUUGGCUUCCGCCAUGAGCAAUAUUGCACCGGCUUCCACAUUUGUCCUGGCCGUCCUCUUCAGGAUGGAAAAGCUAGAAAUGAAGAGCCUGAGUAGCCAAGUUAAGAUAAUAGGGUGUGCAAUAACGAUUGCAGGAGCCCUUGUGGUGGUUCUGUACAAAGGCCCAGUGCUACUAAGGAGCCCUGCAUCUUCAGCUUCUGUUUUUGCACAGGCAGCACUAGUUACACUCACCACUGGCACCAAACAGUCAAAUUGGGUCAAAGGGGGUGCCAUCCUCGCUGCUGAAUAUGUAGUAGCCUCCCUUUGGUAUAUUUAUCAGGCCAAGGCUAUUGGGGAGUACCCAGCAGAACUGGUUGUGGUCUUCUUCUACAACUUAUCAUGUAUGAUCAUAGCAGCACCCAUUUGUUUAAUCGAGGUACCAAUUUCAAGUGCUUGGAAUAUAUUCAAACUGGAUGUGCAGUUGUACGCGGUUUUGUAUGCGGGAGUAUUGGGGACAGGCUUCGUUAUUCUUGUUCAUACUUGGUGCUUACAUGUAAAAGGACCUGUAUAUGUAGCUUCAUUUAGGCCAUUAUCAAUUGCCAUUGCUGCAAUUCUGGGCUUCAUUUUUCUUGGCGAUAAUCUCUACCUCGGAAGCGUGAUCGGAUCAUUGAUCAUAUCGAUUGGGUUUUAUGUUCUAAUAUGGGCAAAAGCACAAGAAGCAAGUGGAGACAAAUCACAAAGUGGUACUAUUUUUAGGGAAUCUGCCAGCAGAAAUGCUCCAUUGCUAGACGAAUAUGAUGAUUCAACAGAUGAAGGACAUGCGACUACCACUGCUUGAAUAAUCAAACACAUUUAUUUUUUGAACUAGUGAUAUACUCCCACCUUUUACCUUGUUCAGCGAUUUCUUGGGAUAAAUUUUUUUUUUUUUUCUUGAGAUGUUGGACACUUGUUUAGAUAGCAUUUGUGCAUCUUCCACGACAUAUUGAAGCUGUUCUAUGGAUACAAGUUGUAUGUUCUCCACAAAAGUAUUCCAUGGCAAAAUAAUCUUUUGGCUUUGUAUGGUCUCACA